UUGGACCGCCUCUCUCCUCCCGUCAAAAUUCGGGUGUUGUCGUCUCGAAGCACCCUGUCGGUCGGAGGAGGAAAAGGAACGGAGACGGGGACUCGUAUUGGUUUGCGUUAAAAAAAAGGGGGGAAAAGUCCAAAGUUGUCAACAGUUCUCAGCAAACGUCAGCGGAAAGUGAAAUCGGCGCGACUCUACAGCUUUCAAGUGGGCAGUGUGUGUUUCAUAGCCGAGGGAAAGGUCUCCUCCCAGCGUGUGUUGACGGAUACAGCUCGACUCAGUGCAAGGAGACACGGAAAGACCUGAGUGCACGUAAACCACCUCGGCCAGCGCGGAUUGCCCAGGAUGUCUUCGAAGGCUCACAGUUCUAACAACAUCGCCCAUGCCAGGCGGACUGUGCAGCAGCUGAGGAUAGAGGCCAACAUCGAGAGGAUAAAGGUAUCCAAGGCCUCCGCGGACCUUAUGACUUACUGCAAUGAUCACUCCAAGACCGAUCCUCUCCUCAUGGGCAUCCCCGCCUCAGACAAUCCCUUUAAGGACAAAAAGCCCUGCACUAUAUUGUAGGGGUUGAUACCACUCGUGCCUUGAUGGGAGUCGUUUUUGGCUUAUUAAAUGUCGCUGUGUUCUGUUUGUCGGGAGGAGCGAGGGGUGGAUCGUGAUCGUAUUAUUACCACGGGCUCAUCUCUUUUUGUGUUAACAAAUUACUGACGCAACCCUGCUUUUGUGUUCUGGCUUGUUUCGUUUAGUUUUUUUUUCUUUUGGACAGAACAAAGAAAGUGUUUCUGCGGCUCCAACACUCAAGUCUUUAAUCGCUGUGCCACUCUUCGGUCUGUUCUGAUGACCACUAGCAAGCCUUUGGCUGCAACGAAUUAACAUGGCAACAGGCACGUCCUAGAGUCACCGGCGGUCCUCGGCUUUGUGAUUUCUCGUAACGGGCAGCGACUGUUAGCAUCUCUCUGCGGGUUCAUGUGGGCCUUUUUAUUUUAUUUUUUGUUCAAUUUCACUUUCAAAAUUUCCACCGGCAACCUUUAAUGUUUAAUGUUCAGAUGGCUGAAGAUUCAGGGUUUUUUUUCAAGGUGAGCUUGUUACCGUGGCGUCCGUGACAAUCCACAUUCCAUGUAAUCCAUCUCGAGGUGAUUAUCACCUUGAAAUGUCAGGUUCAGACACUUUUUUGGAGGUUAUUUCAUAAUCUCGCUCGCGAGGCUCUCCAAAUAAGAGGCACGGUGUGCUUGCUUCAGGUUGUAAAAUUGGCCCAUAAAACAAAAGAGAAUUUAAAACAUGAUAUAUUUAGGCACCAAAAUGUUUGACCAACCAGAUCAUUUCUUGAUAACAAACGUCGUCAUUUCAGUUACGUCCAAUGCAAAAUUAGCAUAAAUAUUACAGCAAUUAUAGACCGUCAAACAACUGCCGCGUAAACACAAGCAUCAUUCAAAAUACACUACUCAAAGGCUUGUUGUGGCACACUGUGGUACUGCCCUAACGGCGCAAAAACUACCGGUACUCAAUUUGGAUUUGUCUGUGUGCUGUUAAACAAAUCGACAAAAAUCGUCCGAUAUUUGGCAGAUUUUUUUUUUCCUCUACCAAAGGACAAAGGAUUGUAAAACACUCAAAUGUUCUGCCUAUAAUUCAUAGAUUGUGAGGGACCACAAAACAGAAAUGUCUGUCUUCAUUAUAAAUAUUAAUCGGCUGAUUAAUCGAUUAUCGGAUUUUUAUUCUGCCAAAUAUCGGAAUCGGCAUCAGCCUCCCAAAAAAUGUGUCGGGCCCAAGUAAAAAGACAUGAAAAAAACUAUCGCUUACAAACCCUUGACAUAGUGGGGGGGUUCACUGUGCAAUCAAUAGUUGUCCGUAUGUAACAUUGAGAACAGAAAUGUCUUUGGAUGAUUUCAGCGAGGAGACGCCUUCGUCAGCUGACAUCCUUCGAAUAGGGUUGAAUUGUGACAUUAAACUACUCGGACCAAAGCUGUAAAAGCAGCCUUUAAAGACCACCGCCAGAUUCCAACACUGGUGCAGUUCAGCUCGUUCGCUCAGCUCGCUACGGUUUGAAAUUGUAAAAUCUUGAUCCGGUUUGACUUUCCUGGGUUGUCGUUUCCAAUGUUCGGUGCUAUGGUGACAGCUGUAUCCCACAAAUAAAGCCCAAGACAUGACAUCAUAACCUGUCUAUGAAUUUGAAAAAGCCAAACAUCGUAAUUCACGAUCGAAAUGUGUUCCUGCGGAUAAUUCUUUCCACUGCGUUGCCUUCAUUUAGCCGUUUUCCCCUCCCGAAAAUUGCUACACUGAAGUAUAUUUUUGAAAUUAAUUUAUUUCAGGAAAUUGUCACUUGAACCAUUUUAUAUAUAUAUUUUGUUUAUUACCUACAGUGGUGCCUUGCGAUCCAAACAAGUGCCUUGACUUAUCACUUUUUACCCGUAACAGCAUUCACUUGUUUUUUUUGUUUUUUUUUGUCUUGAGGCAAGAGCAAAAAUUUGAGAUCCAAGCGCGCUUCAGCCCCUUGUGUUUUGUGCUCACGUUUUCCGUUUUUGCUAGUUAGGUGGAGAGCUAUUUUUUUUUUCUGCAGUUCAAUAUGGCGGAGUGCAGUUUUUCAUGGGGAAAAGAAAAAAAAAAAAACAAGCGCAGUCACGGAACGAAUUCACCUCGAAUCUCAAGGCACCACUGUAAUUGGGUGAUUAUUCGAGGCGCAACGAUUCAUCAAUAAAACAGCAACCAAUUCAUCCUUAAAUUGAUCAUUCAUUUUGAUCAUCGAUGAAUAGGUUCCAUUCCUUUCUUCAUUCAAAAUUGGCCAAAUUUUCAGAGUUCCUGCUUCUCCAUAGUAAAUCUCCUCCAUUUCUGUCGUCCUCCAUGAGAGUGGCCCGAUUAUCAAAUCCAAAUAAAACAACCAUCAACAUUUUUUGCGUCUUUCCAACCUGUUACGGACCAAACCAGUGCCUGGCGUAAAUUAUGUUGAUUUAAAAUAUAUUCACCUUUUUGGAUAAAGCGAUGGAAAAUAUGGAUUAAAAAAAAUGUUAUCCGAUGAAUCUUUUAUUGAAAUAAUCGUUAGUUGCACCCCUAAAAAAUCGUAAUUGAAAAAGUUUUUAAAAAUGCCACGAUUGUAUUACUAAAACAAACAAUUUUACAUGUUUUACAUUCACAAUCUUAGUUUUUUUCCUUUAUUUUUUGAGACCUAAUCUACAAAAAAAACUGGCCCUGAGCAAAAAAGGUUUGUCAUAAACUUUGGUACCCAAGUGGUAAGGUACCAAAAAUGGCAAAACUGUCUGCUGGACUGCACUAAUGGUGGAAACAUGCUCAUCGAUCCAGAAUCUGGUGGUCCAUUGAACCAAAAAAAAAAAAAAGUUGGACAAAACGUGUGUCACACUUAAUCGCCUUACUUAUGCUUGCCUUGUAUUCCGAAGAACACUUACUGGGAGAACUGUGGUUGAAUUUGCAGGAUGGGAAUCAUUUUUGAUAAUAGCGUGAAAGUGAACGGUGCCAUCUUUGUGUCUGCGCGUGGUGCAAAGCCUCUCAUAUCUCGUUGGAUUCGCCUGGUGCUUCUCUUUUCCGCAGUUAUUGUUAUCUAACUGAUUGUUUGGGGUUUUCUUUUUUUUUUUUUGGUCUCUUAACAGUUGCUUCCCCUUGUUUGCAAUAAUUCCCAUCAACCUCUUAAGAAAUGUUUAGCUUGCCACUGCCAUGUCAUUUCUGUCAGUGAAGCAACUUUACUGUACAACUGUUCCAUUUGAUAGCGUGUCAAAAUCUGUAUUUUGAGGAACGUCUUUAUUAUUCAUAAAGCAACGUUUGUAUGAAGAUGAACGAAGUGAAGCAAAGCGUUCCUAUUCCUGUUCCAAUAUCUCAAUAAAAAAAAAAACGUGUUGUGUCAA